CAGAACAGGUUCUUUCUGCCUCAUUGCAGACAGCAUUCUUCAAACACUCUUUGACCUUUUAAAAUCAUUUGCUUUUAAAAUCAACAGAAUUUAUAACAUUUGUUUUAACAAGAAAAUGUGGAAAAACUUCACACUGUCCACAACUGUACUAAUCGAGUGACAGCUUUAGGUGUGACAAUUUACCUGAGCAGGUUUUUGAGAAGAACAGUAAAGGUCGUGACGUAGCCUUGUCGUAAACAUUUAGGAUAGAAAGGAUCAACAACCAACAAAACCAGGAGAGAAAAAUGGCAGAAACACACAAAAAUGAGUUUCAGCUUGUUGGUCCUGAAAAACAUCGAGUUCAUGUGUCAGUAGGGUCUGAAUUCACAGUCCAAUGUCACCUAUCUCCUAAAGUCAGUGCUGUUGACAUGGAGAUCGUUUGGUUUAAGGAGACAAACUGUGUGUGUCUCUAUAAGAACAAAGAGGUGAUUGAGGGAAGAGGAUACGAGGGCAGAGUGAGACUGUUCAAUAACAAGAGAGGAAACAUUUCCUUACUCAUGAGAGAGUUCAGAGAAUUCGAUGUUGGAGAUUACCUGUGUCAGGUCACCUGUGGAGACAAAACAGAGGAGAUAACAGUAGGAGUAAGAGAGCUGCAAGCAGAAAGACCAGCAGAAUUCCCAGGUGAGUACACAAUUUCAGUUCAUUUCAUGAUAAUUUCAUAAUUCCAAGGAUAAUCUGAUUGGCAUAAUGACUUGCAUAGGUUUCAUAUACAACAACAACUCUCACUGAUGUUUCCAUACCCAAAACAUGUAAAGCAAAUCCCAAAAUGGAGCAAAAAAUGACUGAAACAGUGGUGCUUAUAUAAUGCAACAAACAUGAACAAUGUAGUUGUGAGCCACAAUUGACAAAUUAAAGACAUAUACUUUAGUUGCCAUUAGUCCAAAACACUGGUCCUAGUUACAAUUUUACUUCCAAGCCACUUCCCAGAUCUGAUCAUGAAUGACUAUUUGUAUUGGGUCGUUAGUUAUAUUUAUGUUUUACAUAGCAAAAUCCCCAGAGUUAAAUCAACUCUGCUCAGAGAACAUAUUGCCCCUCUCUAUAUAUAGUUAAAAUAAUACAGAAGCAGAGUUAAAGUUAAUGAAAUAAUUAAGUGAUUAAUUAAGUUUAUGAUUGAGCAUUAGUGAUGAACGCCUGCUGUUAACAAGCAGAAACACUGAAGAGAAACACAAUAACUACAAAUGAUUUCCAGCACAGCCUUAGAUGAAAUCAACUGAUGAUAAAAGACAUUAAAUCUCUCAAGAUCUGAUUAAACAACUCCACAAACAGCAUAUUAUCUCCCCAUUCUGGGUGUCCUCAAUGUGAAGUUUCAGCUCAA